AUGAAUAACGACAACCUCACCUCUGACCCUCUACUCCAACUCUACUACCAAAACUUCCACCAUGCCCACCCCAUCCUCAUACCGCUCUCUGCUCUCUGCGGCCCUUUGGCGCAAUACAUCCCAGCACAGGUGCUAACCGUCAUGCGAUAUAUCGGGGCGCAUUACCACUGGGACAGCUCUGUGCGGGAUACUUUCAGAGAAAGCGCGCUCUCAGGACUCUCCCUCUCGACGACGAGACGAGACGGGUUCCAAGUACAGAGUAUGCUUCUCCUAGCGAUCUCGGUGCAUGCCCACGGCGGCCACGACGACAUGGAUCGAGCGAUGGAAAUCAUCGAGCAGACUAUCAGCCUCGCCUUAGAUCUCGGGAUGCAAGAUGCUAGCUUCGCCGUGGCGAACGGCCAGGGCCAGCCAGCAAUUGAAGAAAUGUGGCGUCGAACGUACUGGGAAUUGUACGUGGUCGAUGCGCUUCUGAGUGCGUUGAGGCAACGGAACUCGUUACUGUAUCACACGCCAUCUGAUGUGAGGUUACCAUGUGACGAGACUCUGUACAACGCCGAGUCCUCAAUUCCGCAAGGCUACCUCCUCGCUGAUCUAGCCGAAAACUGGCCUCGAGGGCCGCAACACUGCCACUUCUCCUCCUUUGCAUACCGUGUUGACGCCGUGAGAUUGCUGGGGUCUGUGCUUGCUCUGAAGUCAAAUUCAUCAAGUAUAACUACAUCUGACGAUGAAGCAGCUGCUAUCGAUGAUGCUUUAUUUGAAUGGCAGCGGCAUUUCCCCCAUCGACAAGAGGACUUAUCAACGGGGACGCCGUUCGAUGAGCUGAUUUUUCAGGCGCAGAUGAUCGUUCACUCAGCCGUGAUAUACCUCUACCGACCUCGCUCCAGCCUCUCCCUACCUACUCUCAUCGACCGCAACUCGAUCACCAACCGCUUCUUCCCCUCCAACCAAUCCGCACGAUCAUCGGCACCGUCAUCCUCCAAAAUCACGCUCGACGAUCCAAACACCACCAAGCUCGUGCGCGCCGCCGACUCGCUGUCUAAUCUGCUCACCCUCCCGAGUCCCGUGAAACGGCACAGUCCGUUUCUGAUCCACGGGCUAGCGAUGGGGGUUUUCGUGCAUACAGCAGCGUAUGCACGGAAUAUGAGUAUGGAGACGGCGAGAAGAGACGAUGAGUCAAGUUUCAAAGUCAGGAUUGAGUUGGCGGUGGGCGUGCUGAAUAAAUUAGCAGAGACUUGGCCGCUGGCGAGUGUGGUGAAGAAGGAAGUUGUGCGGGUUUAUCGCGAUGCGGUGGGGAGGUAGCUGCAAUAUAUCCACUAUGCCAGCUAUAUCAAUUGAUACCUUGCCAUUGACACCAGUUACAUAUGUAACAUUAGUUGAUAUCCAUGAGACAGCGAUAGACAUGACGGUCACGCGAUGAGGUGCAAGUGUACUGCUUGGUGGUAAAAUGAAACGACGUCACUAUAUUUGAAACAGCUAGUACAUAUACAGCGAACCUGAA